AUGGAACAAACCGCGAAACCAAAACUUGUGCCAUCGACGCGUUUCGCGCUGUCAUUGGUAAUGUUCUUCGGAUGUCUUGUCACUUAUAUGAUGCGAACGAAUAUGUCUUUUGCGAUUGUCUGUAUGGUUAAUGAAAAUGCGACAAAGUCCGAUGAUUUAUUGUCUGAAGUCGCGAAAACAUCGACAUGUGGUAAAGUGUCAGCAGAGAAAUCUGAAAGCACGGUAAUUGGAGAAUUCGAUUGGGACAAGCCCACAUCUGGAAUGAUUCUUUCUUCGUUCUUCUAUGGUUAUAUUGGUAGUCAAAUUUUGGGUGGGUAUGUCGCUUCGAAAUACGGUGGAAAACGUGUUGUGUUUGCCACUAUUCUCGGAUCGUCGUUGCUCACUCUAAUAAAUCCGAUCGCUGCAAGAACUUCAGCGAUUGCAUUGGCAACUAUUCGCGCAGCAAUUGGAUUCCUACAGGGUGCCACUUUCCCCGCCAUGCACACAAUGUGGUCCGUUUGGGGUCCACCGCUAGAGCUUUCCGUUCUUACUGGUGUAACAUACGCCGGAGCUCAAAUAGGAAACGUUAUCGUUCUUCCAUUGUCAGGAUUCCUUUGCGAAUACGGAUUUGAUGGCGGAUGGGCCUCAAUUUUUUACGUUAUCGGAAUAUUUGGUGUCCUCUGGUGUGCCGUUUGGUGGUACAUGAGCUCAGAUAAGCCAGCGAAUCAUCCACGUAUUUCUGCUGAGGAACGAAAAUACAUUUGCACGGCCGUUGAGGAAAGCAUGGGAAAGGACACUGGAGAAGCCCCAUCUACUCCUUGGAUUAAGAUCUUGACAUCUCCGGCUGUCUGGGCUUGUUGGGCCGGUCAUUUCGCUGGAGAUUGGGGAGCGUAUACAAUGCUCGUUUCUUUACCAUCAUUUUUAAAGGAUGUUCUCGGUCUUGAGCUUUCUUCGCUUGGAAUAAUUGCCGCAAUUCCAUACGUCGCUUACUUCAUCGCAAUCAAUGUUGGCGGAAUUUUAGCUGAUACUUUAAGGUCGAAAGGAAUUUUGUCUACCUUGAACACUAGACGAGCCGCAAUGCUUGUUGCUCUCAUCGGACAAGGAAUAUUUCUGGUUGCUUCCGGCUACUGCGGAUGCGGUCAAGACAUUCUUGUUAUUUUCUUCAUAACGUGUGCAAUGGCAAUUUCUGGUUUGCAAUAUUCCGGAUUCGUUGUCAAUUACCUCGAAAUUGCCCCGCCGUUUUCCGGAACCGUCAUGGGAACUGGAAACACUAUUUCGGCACUUGCUGGCAUCAUUUCUCCGUAUGUUACUAGCUUCUUAACACCGAAUGGAACUCAAAAUGAAUGGCAAAUUGUUCUUUGGGUGGCUGCUGUGAUUCUUACUGCUGGAGCCCUUAUCUUUUCGUUCUUUGCGUCUGGAGAUGUUCAACCUUGGGCGAAACUCUCACCACAGGAACACGAAUUGGCUCCUCUCAGAGAUGGCGAGAAAAUUGAGCUUACCACUGCUUAG